GGUUGACCUGCAGUGACGUCAAAGCAACGUACCCCUCCCCGCCGGUGUAGAGCAACGGUCAGUAGCGUCAACAUGGCGUCGUUGGAUGUCAUUGUGGAUAAGUUGGUGGUACUGUGGAGGAUACCAGCCGUCCGACAGAAGUUCCCCUGGAGUUUUUUGCUCAUCUCGGUCGUGGGGUCCGUCCUGAAAGAGCUGGAGUCCGUUCCGCAGACGUAUUUCAGCAGCAGCAAAAACGCCCUGAACGUGUAUUUUGUUAAAGUGUCCUGGGGCUGGACGCUGCUGCUGCUAACCCCCUUCCUCCUCCUCUCCAAUGCCUCCUUCAACAGGAGCGUCUCCUUUCUCGCCCGGCGGCUGCUUUCUCUGGUGGUGGCAACGGCUGUCUGGUACGUCUGCACAGAGACCUUCUUCUACAUCGAGGAUGUGACCGGUUCUUGUUACGAAAACAGCUUGGUAAAGGUUGAUUACAAGGAGUUCACAUCGAAAGCUGUCUGCAGGCGGGCUGGAUUCCACUGGGUUGGCUAUGACAUCUCAGGACACUCCUUUAUUUUGGCGUACUCCACCCUCUUCAUCAUGGAGGAAAUUGCCCCGAUGAGCUCUCUCAAUACCACCAGCUUGUCUGGACUUCCCAGGAAGGUCUUGAGCCUGCUGUAUAUAGCCUUGAAUCUUAUCAUGAUCAUUUGGGUGUGGAUGUUCACGUGCACCUCUGUUUAUUUCCAUGACCCAUCUCAUAAGUUGUUAGGAACCAUAUGUGCCCUGCUGGGGUGGUAUUUAACAUAUCGGGUUUGGUAUGUAAAACCAAUGUCACCAGGACUCCCCCCUCAGCGCCACCCAAAAGAACAGAAGCCGCAUGCCUAAGCUGAACACACAAGUAAAAUCAUCCUCGAAAUAACACACUACAUUUGACGCUAUCUGCAUCCAGGUCCAAGCCAGCAACUCUACUUGAAGCUAUUUUAAGUAAUUCCCCUCUUCACAGGCUGGCCACCUUGUACACAAUGACUUACUUGCAAUUCUUCAUCUGUUUGGCAGCUGCUGAUUCCAAAAUGACUUGUAAUCUGAGAUAAAAGCACAGAGCUGCUCUGCUGCCCAGCUUCAGUCCUCUCACCUUCAGCCUCAAGGUUCGCUAUUAUUUGCCUGACUUGUACUGCGUUAAUCCUAACUGAGUAUUUGCAGUUUUUAGAUAUGUAUGGGAACAGUUGAGAAUGUUUACAGCUCCAGUUGUAUAGUACUGAUGAUGUGUGUUUUUUUUUGCAAACCAAUGUACAGUAAAUGUUCAUUGUUAUUUAUUUAGAAAGCUUUGAACAAGUCAUUGUAAUCCAGUGAAGCUGCAUUUCAUCCUGCGUGUAAUAUUUUAAAUCAGUUUUUUUUGAUUGUGAAUGGUUUGGGGUCAAAGUAACUGUGUGUCAACAUUAUGUGUAGUUUAAGUUUGUUCAGCGAUGUAGAAUGUGGUUAGGAAUAAGAAUUUUAAUAUAUUUAAUUAAGAAAUAUCAUUAAGGUUGGAAAUAUUCAGUAUUGAGCUUUAACUAACAUUUAUUUUCAUCAUUAAUUGAUAUAAAGAGGUUUUUUUCCUGUUAAUUAUUUCAUGAAAAAAAUGCCUAAACUGUUUAAAGGAAACUAUUUUUAUGUUUUUAAACUAAGAUAUAGUUUAAAAACAUGGGGAAAAGCAGCUUUAUGCUUAUGUUGCCAUCAGCUUUUGAAACACUAUCUAUUUUUAAUUUAACUGGUCUUUAAAAGACAAAUCAGACCAAGAUUAAUAUUCCUCUGUGCCAUAAUUUUCUGUUUCUGAACAGAAGCUAUCAAAAAUGCUGAACAGUGUAGUUUACUAGGAUUCAGCUUCAGAUUUUCCUUUUCCAUAAAGUUUAUAGUUAGAGUUGGGUGACCCUGAAUCAUCCCUUAUGCUGCUAGACGACUUCCCAUAAUGCACUGAGUACUCUCCACUUUACACGUAUUUAUUGGUCACUGCUGCAUGUCAUUAACUUCUGUAGUUUGUGUUUGGACCUGCUUGCUGGUCGUGAUCUCUCUGUAUUCUCCCUGUCUUGCCCUACUUAACCCUCAAACCCCAACUGGCCUAGGUUAGCCCUCUCUUCCUUUUUAAAAGGGAGUUCUUCCUCCUCGUUGUCACUAAGUGCUUGUAGGGGAUCAUCUGAUGGUCCUUAGCUCACGCUAUGAAGCACCUUGAUCUGUGUUAUUUGGCCUUAUAUGAAUAAAUCAGAAUUCCCACUUAUACAAUCUUGCUUCCUUAAACACUCACCAGUACAUCUCUGGUAAAAACCACAGCAUAAAUUUCACUUUAAAAGCUGAACUUUUAUAUUUUUGAUUUAUACAGGAAGUAGGAGCCUGACUUUUUUGAGCUAUGAGGAAAAAUAUAGAAUGACACCAGUCAUAUUUUGUUACAGUUCUGCUUACAAAUAUGUAAAUCACAGAAGAAUGUUUCAGUUUUCUACUGUUGGGAUUUAUGUAUCAAAUAUAAAAAAUCGACUUUCUCCUCCGUGCAGGAAGCUCUGAGUUUUUAUCCAAAUAAACCAACAAAAAAAAGUUCCAUUAA